CCAGAUGUAGAGAGAAAUAGGCAAAACGGUGACGAAAGCAAAAUGGCGGAGUCGUUGUUAAGGGGUUCACAAUCUUGUCUUCUUCUACGAACUGCCAGAUUGGGGCCAACAAACAGAGCUUGCCCGACCCGAGUAGUAACACUACGCCUGCAGCAGUCUUUGAGCAAUGGCAAUCCUUGUCGUGGAGUUGAGGUUUCCUGUUUUAGCAAUCUAAAGCGGCGUCGUUUCACCGGGAUCGGCUUUGUCUCUUCUGAUUCUGAAGCGUCCACUGUAAUCACUGAUUCCGUCAACUACGCAGGUGAAGGAGCCGAUAUCAAAUCCGACGUCGGUGGUGGAGGCGACGGUUUUCGCGACAACGGUGGUAAUAGCGGCGGCGGCGGAGGUGGAAGUGGUAGGGACGACAGUAAGAACGAGGGCGAGGGAGGAUCGUCUGACGAGAGUCCGAAGAAGAUGGCCUUGUCCAUGUCGCAGAAGUUGACUCUUGGUUACGCUGCGCUUGUCGGAGUUGGUGGUGUUAUGGGAUACAUGAAGAGUGGCAGCCAGAAGUCACUACUGGCGGGAGGACUGUCUGCGGGGCUUCUGUACUAUGUAUACACUCAGCUUCCUAGUAAUCCCGUUUUCGCAUCAUCGCUUGGACUUGGAGUGUCUGCCAUACUUUUGGGAGUGAUGGGCUCUCGUUUCAGGAGCUCAGGAAAGAUAUUUCCAGCAGGGGUUGUAUCUCUUGUGUCCCUGGUGAUGACCGGUGGCUAUCUGCAUGGUAUCCUGCGUAGUGCUCACUGAGAUCUCUCAGUUACCUUGUUUCCUUAUCCUAAAAGCAUCUGGUCUGGUAACUAGAUUACUGCUUCACCUUCUUAUGUUGGGGAAUAACUGAAGGGUUUUGUAGAAAUGUGUUUCAGAGUUUGGAACUUGUGAACUGGGACCUUUGUAAUCCUUUAUAUGCAGUGUCUGCUGGAACUUGUGAAGUGGAACCUUUGAAAUCCUUUAUAUGCAGUGUCUGCUGGUGUAUUUUUGUAUUUGUAAUGCAUGUCAUUGCCUGCCCUCUUGGUUAUA